AUGUCAUCUGCUGUCCUGAGCGCAAACAAUGAUGUUGAUCUCCGUUCACUCGAAGACUACUCGGAUGUCGCGUCAUGGAUCAACGAUGUGUUGGACGAGGAGGGAGACGAUGCGGACAGUGUACGCGAACUCUCAGAGUUAGAACGACGUGUUUCGCAGCUUUCUGCUGUACUCGAAGUCGCGUGCGAGGACACGUCGGCUCAACUGGAGAAGACAAUCGACGACGUUUCAAGGACCGUGCCUCGACUCACGUACGACUUGCAGCUCAUGCAAGAGAGCGCACUAUCACUACAAAAUGCAUUACAAGCAGUCGAACGUCACUCGGCAUCAUUCUUGAAUACCUCUGAAAUCGGACCUGUCCUUGAGCAGUUACACUUCCUUGACACAGUCAAGCGUAACAUGGACGCGUCGUUAGUGGUUUUACGGGAGGCAGAAGCUUGGUCGAGCCUCGAAUCCGAAGUCGUGACGUACCUCUCCGAGCAGGCGUACUCUAAAGCGGCAUCUCGACUUUCUGAGGCAUCCAAAUCGCUCAGUGUUUUCCAAAAUACACCCGAAUACGAGACUCGCAAAACGCUCAUGAUCAACCUUCAAAAUCAACUCGAGGCGGCGUUAAGCUCAGCUCUCGUUGCUGGAAUCAACAGUAAUGACGUCGAUGCGUGCAAGAGGUACUUCGAUAUCUUCUGUCACAUCGAACGAGAGGCGGAGUUCAGAAGCUAUUGGAACGGGAGCAAACGGAAGGGAAUUGUUGCUUUGUGGCAGGAGACCGACCUUCGAGAUUGUGACGAGGCUUCCGAAAAGACGGAAGGAAAGAAGCUCUCCGCAUUUCUUCCUGAGUUUUAUCAGGAAAUCAUUUCGGUGUUGCAGGUGGAGCGUCUCUCCGCCAUGCUGAUAUUCCCUGAUCCUCAGCCAUCCCUAUCAACAUUCAUAACCAGCAUCCUUUCUUCCUUACACCCCUCGACGUCUCAGAGACUCAAUGCACUCGUUAACUUCCACGGAGAUCUCGUCUUACCGGAACUUAUGGCUUCGUUCAAAGCGACAGAGGAAUUCGCAGUCUCAACAGACAAAAUUAUGGAGAAAGUCGGAUACUCUUCGCUUUCACCCGCUGUCGUCCCAGCCAGCCUUGACGAUCGUGAAAACGUUCCGUCGAAUCCACGUACACACACCCGUCGGCGCUCGACGCGCCAAUCCUUUUCAAAACGACUCAAUCGCUCAUCCAUAUCCGGCCCUUCGACGAGUCAUGGAAUAGCUUCUGGUUCAGCUUCACUUGACCAUACUUGGGAAGAAACGCUUUUCGAGCCAUUCCUCGACUAUCAAUGCGAUUACGCUAUGCUUGAAAAGCGACUUUUACGCGCACAACUCAAGGACUUACCUGCUCCAACCUCUGCUGUCUCAACAGGCGCUCGACUGUUACGAGAACGAGCAAUUGACGUCCUAUCCUUCGCAGAUGAGGCACUCGCACGCUGCAUGGUGUUUACGCACGGAUACGGAGUCGUUGGGCUCAUUCAAGCGCUUGAUGACCUUUUUGAAGCCUUUUUGCAAUCCGCACGCCGUGAUAUUCUAGAAUCAGGUGGAACACCUUCGGCGGACCCAAAUACCAUUGAUUCCGGAGAGGAAUUUGCCGAAUUGGACUAUUCUGCUUCGGAUUUGGCAGUCUUUCAGCUUACCUUGCACUUACUGGAGGCAGCACGAAGCGUGCUAGAACGUCUGACUGUUUUCGAAGCAAAGCUCCGUGCAAACGUGCAGCAAACAUCCAACGCACUUCGUAUGGGGAGGAAUGAUCCCUUCGGGCUCUAUGUCUCCGGAACGACUCGGACAGCUCUCACCCUACUCCAGUCCUCUGUACUCAAUAGCAUAGAAUUGCAAAAUCUACUUGAUGCAGUAGACCCAGAACAGCCUCAACAAGGUCCACAUGGCGCAUUUACUCCAAGCUCUGCGACUUUCGCGGCCCAAAAGGCACAGACUAGCUCAUCACGCGCGACGUUGCUUCUCGGUGCACGGAAAGCUGUGUCCGAAUUCGCAAAAGCCUGUCAAAUGCGAUUACAAGAAACAAUACUCACUCCUCUUCUCAAGCAUCUCUCAACCUACGCUUCAUCCGCAGUCUGGAUUUCUGCUGACCCAAAGGAUCGUCGAGCAGUAGGAAGCGGCGGAGCAGGUGGUACCGGUACAGGCGCCAUAAGCGAAGUGGUUAUCCCAACAUUCUCUCUAUCCCCCACAGCUACCAUUCAACGAGUCGCGGAAGGCCUUCUGAGUCUACCGAGACUCUUCGAAGUCUAUGCAGAUGACGACGCGCUAGCAUUCUCCAUCGAGACACUCCCCUUCGUCGAUUCCUCGAGUCUGCGAUCUAUGUCUUCCGAAACUGCUACGACAUCCACACAAGGACAAGAAACCGACCAACCAGAUUCCAACACUCGUCCCAAACCACUUCCAUCACACUCACAGAGUCCACCUACACUCUUAUUAACACCUGAGGCAGUAUCCUCUGCCUGGUUAUCUUCCCUCGCACUUUCGUUACUCGACCACCUCACAACAAAGAUCCUGCCGUCAAUCUCAAGACUGAGCACCAAAGGCGCUGCACAACUCGCUGAGGACCUUUCUUAUCUUGGACAGAUCUGUCGGGCUAUAGGUGUGGAGUGGCCUGCGCUCGAGGCGUGGCGUGAGGCUGUUGGACUUGACGUGGAGGAAUUAAGACGAAGGAGGAGUUCUGGCGACGAGAGGGAGAAAGAGAAGACCGAAAUAUCGGAGAUCUUUAGAACAGUUACAAAGCUCAGGAGUGUGUGA